UUAGUUUGCGGAAGUUAUUGAGCGAGGAUGUCGUCGUUGAAACGAGAGGAAGAAAUGUGAAAGACUGUUUUGUAAAGUUUAAUACUGUCUGUUGGCACAAAAACCAACUAAAUCUGUCCCGAAUGAUUAACGCAAGUAUUUAUCUCCUCCGUUGAGCUCAGCACACUGAUAUCUGCGGGAUAAGACAGUCAGAGUUGUUAGUGAUGUCCAAAUCAAAGCGGUGGGACUCAAAAGUAAAUGAGUCCAAAACGUUGCCGAUCUAUCAGCACAAAGCCGAGCUGAUUCAGGCCGUCAAAGACAGCACUUUCCUGGUUGUCACCGGUGAGACUGGCAGCGGGAAAACUACACAGCUUCCACAGUACCUGUAUGAAGCAGGUGUUUGUAAAGAUGGCAAAAUCGGCAUCACCCAGCCCCGCCGGGUGGCUGCCAUCACGGUGGCCCAGAGGGUUGCCCAGGAGAUGCAGUGCACUCUGGGUAGAGAGGUUGGCUACCAAGUACGCUUUGAUGACUGCACAUCACAGGACACGGUGGUGAAAUACAUGACAGACGGCUGUUUGCUCAGAGAGGUCCUGGCAGAUCCUGUACUUUCUCAGUACAGUGUGGUAAUCUUGGAUGAAGUCCACGAACGCAGCCUUAACACAGACAUUCUCCUGGGUUUGUUAAAGAAAAUCUUCUCCGACCCUGCUAAGGCCACCAAGGGCCGAUUUUUCCCUUUGAAGGUGGUGGUGAUGUCCGCCACGCUGGAAACUGACAAACUCUCAGCGUUUCUCGCUGACUGUCCCGUCUUUUCGAUUCCUGGCAGGACUUUUCCUGUUACCUGCACGUUUGGCUUUGCUGUAGGACCCAAAGACGUAGAGAGCACUGGUUAUGUAAAAGAGGUUGUCAAAGUGGCCCUUGAUGUGCAUACCAGUGAAAUGGCUGGGGAUAUUCUUGUGUUUUUGACAGGUCAGUCAGAGAUUGAGCGUGCCUGUGACUUGUUGUAUGAGAAAGCUGAGUCUAUAGACUACCGCUACGAUGUACAGGACCAAACAGUGGAGGGCCUUCUUAUUUUGCCUCUUUAUGGAUCCAUGCCCACUGAUCAACAGAGGCAGAUCUUUCAGCCUCCACCCUCAGGAAUAAGGAAGUGCGUAGUGGCCACUAACAUUGCAGCAACAUCUCUCACCAUCAAUGGCAUUAAGUACAUCAUAGACAGCGGGUUUGUGAAGCAACUCAACCACAACUCAAGGGUGGGCAUGGAUAUCUUGGAGGUGGUGCCUAUUUCAAAGAGCGAGGCCCAGCAGAGAGCGGGUCGAGCUGGAAGAACCUCAGCCGGGAAAUGCUUUCGAAUCUACACCAAAGAAUUCUGGGAGAAGAGCAUGCCUGAAUAUACAGUUCCAGAAAUCCAGAGGACAAGUCUGACUGCAGUGAUACUCACUCUCAAGUGCCUGGGUGUUCAUGAUGUCAUUAGGUUCCCUUAUCUGGACUGUCCCGAGGAACGGUUUAUUCUUGAGGCGUUAAAACAACUCUACCAAUUUGAUGCUAUAGACAGGAGAGGUAGAGUGACCCGGCUGGGGGAGCUGAUGGUGGAGUUCCCCCUGCACCCAGGCCUUACCAGGGCCGUGCUCAAAGCAGCCUCACUCGGCUGUCAGGACCUGCUUCUCCCCGUGGCUGCCAUGCUGUCUGUAGAGAACAUUUUCAUCAGGCCAGGUCACCCUGAGAAGCAGAAAGAGGCAGAUAAAAGGCACAGAGCACUGGCUACCAAGAGUGGCAGCAUGAACGACUUUGCCACACUCCUCAGUGUGUUUCAGUCGUGUAAAUCCAGUGACAGACCCUCAGCGUGGUGUAAGGACAAUUGGAUCCACUGGAGGGCGCUGAAGUCGGCCUUUAGUGUGGAGACCCAGCUGCGAGAGAUCCUCCUCCGCCUCCAACAGAAGAGAGAUUUCCCUGUAGAAACAUUUGAUGGCAAUAAGAGUGAAAUCUUCAGACGAUGCCUGUGCACAGGAUACUUCAACAAUGUUGCCAGAAGGUCUAUUGGAAAGGUGUUUUGCACAAUGGAUGGCAACGGAUCCAUGGUUCAAAUUCAUCCAUCAUCAUCGCUGUUUGACCAGGAGGCUGAACUGAACUGGGUCAUCUUCCACGAUGUGCUGGUGACUUCACGGGUGUAUAUCAGGACCGCGUGUCCUAUUCGGUAUGAGUGGGUGAAGGACUUAUUACCUAAACUCCAUGAGGUGGACGCCUACGAACUGAGCAGUGUGGCAAGAGAAGAAGUGACUGAUGAGGAGAUGAUAAAGUGGGAGACCAGGGAAGCAGCCAAAAGACAACCAGAGGUUUCUACUGAGGAUGUCUCGAAGAAACUGGAGAAGCGAAACAAUGAAACCACUGUCAGCGAUGCUCGUGCUCGCUACCUGCAACGAAAGCAACAGAGACAACAAAGUAAAGCUCUCUGACAGAAAGCUUUGGAGGACAUGAUUCAUUCUGUGUAUCAAAAAGAGGCUGCUUUUUUUUUUUGUUUGUUUGUUUGUUUUUUUAGGAAAUGUUUUCAGAAUAAUAAACAUUUAUAACAUUU